AUGGCCACAAAUACACACACCACCUUAACAAAAACAAUUACAACCUACUUCACCUCCAUCGACGCGUCCGACCUCCCCACCACCAUCUCGCUCCUCGCCCCCACCGCUACGUUCACCAUAGUCACAGCAGCCAACACGACCUUCACGGGCCGGGACGCUAUCCACACCAUGCUGGCUGAUUUUGUCGCCCGGUCUAGCUCAAUAGAACACCGUGUUCUGAGCAUGGUUGUGGAUGAGAAGGCGGGUAAAGUUGCCACGCAGCAGCGGUAUAUUGGGAAGCUGAAGGACGGGACGGAGAAUGAUAUGCAUAAUUGUAAUUUCUUUGAUGUGGAUGAGGAGGGGAGGAUUGAGAAGGUGGUGGUUUGGAUGGGUGGGGGGAGUCCGUUGAAGUAG